AAGGAGUCUGGGGCAGCGCAGGCUCCCGUCAGCCGGCUUCGAGGGGCUGCAGCGGGCCGGGCAGGCAGCGCCGGGCGCUCUCCUCCUUCCUCCUCCUCGGUCCCCUCAGCCGCCACCGCCUCCGCCCGCCCAGCCGCGGGGCGCUGCGCGCAGGCGCGGCAGGGAAGGGAAGGGAAGGGAAGGGAAGGGAAGGGAAGGGGGUUUGGGGGCGCCGCGGGAUGCGGGCGCUGAGGUGGCUGCACGAGGCGGCCGUGGGGGCGCUGCUGUGGCGGGGGGCGGCCCCGCCGCGCCCGCCCGCCUCGGAGGUGCUGAGCCAGCACCUGCGGCAGCGCGGCCUGCCCCACUGGACCUCGUUCUGCGUCAAGUACAGCGCGGUGCGCAACGACCAGUUCGGCCUCUCGCACUUCAACUGGCGGGUGGACGGCGCCAACUACCUCGUGCUGCGCACCGGCUGCUUCCCCUUCGUCAAGUACCACUGCUCCCGCGCCGCCCCGCAGGACCUGGCGCUGCAGAACGCCGCCUUCACCGCCCUCAAGGUCCUCAACGCCGGCAUCCCAACUUUACUAUAUGGAAUUGGCUCCUGGUUCUUUGUCAGUGUCACAGAGACUGUUCAUACGAGUCAUGGCCCAGUUACUAUUUAUUUUCUAAAUAAAGAAGAUGAAGGCGCAAUGUACUGAAAUCAUGCCCUCAAGUACCUGUCAUUUGGUGGGUUUUCAUGUUACUGCUGCUACAAAUGCCUACUCCCUGUGACUAAAAGAGAACUGAAGGCAAUUCUCUUUUUUUUUUUUUUUUGCUGUGUAUUUUAUUUAACGUGUUGUCCUCAGGAAGCUUCAUGGAAUUUUUUGGUCAUAAGAGGUUUAUUUUUGUAGAGGUUAUUAAAGUUGAAAAAGUAGAAGCCUCAGGAAAAGAACUAAUAUUUCUAAGGGUGUUAUAAUUUAUAUAAGUCGGUGACUAGAACUGUUGAACAAGCUUCUGAUAAUUUAAAAAAGAUAAGUGUGCCAACAUAUAGGACUGAAUUGUAGUGUGUGGGCAAGGAAACUGUGACUAUCAGACUUCUCAGAAUGUCUCUGAAAACGCUAAGCUGCUCAGAUUUAGACUGACUAGAUGUUUUGUAAUACAUUAAUUGUCAUAUUUGCAAGAAUGUUUGAAUGAAUCCAUGGCACUGACUUCUUCUUCACAACUGCCCAGAAGGCUUUUUGGAAAAGUAUGCCCAAGAAGUUAAAAAUGGCUGUUUGUAUCUCAUUUCUCAAAUGAUAUUUAAAUAAAAUAUCUAAAAUACA